AUGAAUCCUAAAAGACUCAGCUAUGUUUCAGGGAUAGGAAAAAAGCUCCUUGGAAAUACUAUUGGCGAUAUGCUGAGAGAAACUACAAGGAAAUUUCCUAACAAUGACGCUCUUCUAAGUUUGCACGAAAACACAAGAUGAAAUUAUAGUGAAUUUUUGCAACGCUCAGAACACAUUGCUGAAGGCCUGCUAGCUCUAGGGCUCCCUCGCCAAAGUAGAGUUGGGAUUUUCUCUCCAACUUGUAAAGAGUGGGCUUUAGCUCAGUUUGGGACCGCUUUAGCUGAUUUAAUCCUCGUUAAUAUAAACCCAGGAUCUCAGGUCUCUGAACUCGAAUACAUGCUUAACAAAGUCCAAGUUUCUGCCCUUAUCAUGCCUCCUGGGUUCAGGAACGCAAAUUACAUUAAAAUGAUUGAAAAUUUAGCUCCAGAAAUAAAUUCUUCGAAAAUCGGUGAGCUUUCUUCAGUUAAACUGCCCCAUUUGAAGCAUUUAAUUUUGAUCGGAAAUGAAAGCCAUAAAGGAAUGAUGAGUUUUGAUGAGCUAUACCAUCAAAAAACCAAAGAUUACAAUAAAAUUACGCAUGAUAUCUCCUUUGAUGAUCCAUGCGAUAUAAUCUUUACUUCAGGUACUACUGGAAAACCAAAAGGGGUCGCACUUUCACAUCAUGGAAUCGUAAACUGCACAUGAAACACCACUGAAACUGGAAUGCUAGGAUGGAAUGAGACGGAUAAAGUUAUUAUUGGGGUUCCUUUAUACCACGUUUUUGGAACAUUAGCAAAUGUUUGCUGUGUUUUAAGAGGAUCUGCUAUGGUCUAUCCAGAUUACAGUUUUAAGCCAGGGCUUAUUAUGGAUAUUGUUGAGAACGAAAAGAUCACCGCAUUAUUAGGAGUCCCGACUAUGUUCCAGCUGUAUCUUCAUGAACAAGAAAAGCAAAAAAGGAAUGUAGAGUCGCUUAGAACUGCAUUUAUGGCUGGAUCUGCAAUUGACAGGGAAACUUUAAAUAGGAUCAUAAAUGAGCUCCAUAUAAAAUCUGUCACAAACUCCUAUGCCAUGACUGAAUGCUCUGGACCAAUUUUUCAGAUGUUGGAGAGCUCAAGUUUUGAAAAAAGAGUGAACACAGCAGGAGCUAUUCAUCCAAAUAUUGAAGCAAAGCUUAUCAAUAAAAAAGGCAAAAUUGUUGAAAGAGGAGAAGUAGGAGAAAUUUGCAUCAGAGGAUAUUCAGUAUUUAAACAUUACUGGGGUGAUGAAAAAGCAACUAAAGAAACCAUUGAUCAUAAUGGAUGGAUGCAUUCAGGAGAUUUAGGAACUUUAGAUGAAGAUGGGUACAUUAGGAUUGUUGGGAGGAAUAAGGAUCUCAUUAUAAGAGGAGGUGAAAACAUUUAUCCAGCUGAAAUUGAAGAACUCUUACUCCACCCCUUUGUGAGCGCGAACAAAAAAUUUUGUUUGCUUGCGGAGGAGUUUUUUUUUUUAAAAAAUUUAUCAAUUUUAAAGUAAAUUUUUUUUUUCGAAAUUUAAAAAGUCCCAAAAAAAUUGGAAAGCAAAUAUUUAUUUAAUUUGUAAAUUUACGAAAUUAAACAGAAUUAGUUAGAGAUUCAUUAUAGUAAUUAUCACGUACAUAUCAAAAUUUUUGGUUCGCUCAUGGAGGGUGGUUUUUUUGGCAAAAAAAUAGGAUUUUUUCCAAUGGCUUUGUUCACGCACGGAGGAGGGGAGUUAAUGAAGCAUCCUAAUAUUGAAGUGGCUUCAAUAUUUGGGAUCCCAGAUCACAUAGGAGGAGAGCAAGUGUGUGCCUGGAUCAAAAUGAAGCCAGGAAAACCAGAAAUUAGUUAUGCAAGCGUAGUGGAGUACCUCAAAGGUAAACUCUCUGACUACAAAAUUCCAAAAUCCAUGAAAGUAGUCAAUUCUUUUCCAAUAACAAGUUCUGGAAAAAUAAUGAAAUAUGUCAUGAAGGACAUGCACAUACAAGAAUUGAAGAAUAAGAAUGAAUAA